AUGACCUCAUCCCUCGAGCAACUCCGCCAACACACGACCAUCGUCGCCGACACAGGCGACUUCAACGUCCUCUCCCUCUACAAAUCCCAAGACGCCACCACCAACCCCUCCCACAUCCUCACCGCCAGCCAAAAGCCCGAAUACGCCUGGAUCCUGACCGCCGCCGCCGACCACGCGCGCGCGGCGGCCGCCGCAUCAUCCGACCCGGACGCCCAAGUCGACGAGGCGCUGCUGCACCUGCUCGUCUCGUUCGGCUGCGAGAUCCUCAAGCACGUGCCGGGCCGGGUGUCGACCGAGGUCGACCCCGUCCACUCGUUCGACGCCGCCGCCACCGUCGCCUACGCCCGCCGCAUCAUCGCCCUGUACGCUGCGCGCGGCGUGCCCAGAGAGCGCGUGCUCGUCAAGAUCGCGAGCACCUGGGAGGGCUUCGCUGCAUGCGAGGUGCUCGAGAAGGAGGGCAUUAAGUGCAAUCUGACCUUGCUGUUCUGUCUGCCGCAGGCGGUGCGCGCGGCGGAGGUGGGCGCCACGCUGAUCAGCCCGUUCGUUGGCAGGACGCUGGAUUGGUGGCACAAGAACCAUCCCGCCGUCGAUUACUCUGGGAAGAAGGAUCCUGGCGUGAUCAUGACGAAGGAGAUCUGGGAGUACUACAAGGCGAAUGGGAUCAAGACGGAGAUCAUGGGCGCGAGUAUGCGGAGUAUUGACGAGUGCAAGGAGCUGGCGGGCCUGGACUUGAUGACGAUAAACGUCGGGUUGCUGCAGGAGUUAAAGGAGGCAGAUGUCGAUAUCAAGCCGGUGUUGAUUGCAGAGAAAGUUUCUAAGCAGAAUGGAUCUGCUAAGGUCAAGUCCUACGUGAAUGACGAGGCUGCUUUCAGAACAGAUCUCUUUAAUGAUUACGCAGCGCAUGACAAGAUGACAGAUAUGAUGCGGCAGUUCUUGAGGGAUGGUGCGGCUACGAAAGCUGCUUUGAAGAAGCUCUUGCAGUCGAAGUAG